AUGGAGUCACCAAAUGAAGAAGGAAGAGAUGGUCGUCCACCCAGCUCCCCCGGAGAAAUUAUGCGCACUGAGAGUUCACCUGAUUACGGAGAAUUCGGUGAAUACCUCACCCCGAGAAGUCGAAUGAAACGGAAACGGACGGUGAUUCGAACUCUUCAGAUUCGAGGGAUACACUAAGGUGCGAACCAGUGUGUUCGAAAUGGUCCGCACAUUUGUGGGUAUGUGAAUGUGUUUGUAGUUGGUUUAUUUAGACAUUUAGAUACUAAAUAGACGUGAUUUUAGUUCUCGGAUUGCUCGGAUAUCGUGACGAAGGAAAUAAUGAAGAUGGAGUCGACCUUUUGCAGCAUCACAAUGACCAUACGCAAGAAGAAGCUGGAACUUGCUGACUACCCACAAUGGGAAGGGCUACUGAAGUUCCUGGAAGAAAGCAAUUGCAUCAGUACCAAAUCCUGGUUGACCCCUCACACGGACAUGGAAGUUGAGUGUCAAACGCGAGAGAGCGACUUCUUACACUUUACGAAUCGUCUUGGAUUCGAAUUAAAAGGAUCGUCGAACAGAUGUGUGAUGUUGAGAGAGUUGCCCCGUCUGAUUCCACAAUCAAUGUCCGUCUGCUACUUUGUUGGGAACCGAGACUGUGGGUUUUUCCGUCAUUAUUGUUGUGAUUAUAGGUCGUACUAUCUGUCCUGGAGUCGUCCCUCGUGUAAAGAACAACGUGAUCGUUUAUCGCACCCGAGCCGAUGCAAAUGCUGCAAACGAAGAACUCGGUCCCACUCAGUAUUACUUCUUCAGACCUUCUUUGGAUUUCGAUGGCGAUAGUUACGCGGAGAGCCUUUCGACCCCUCGAAGAACGCCCUCGACGUCCACCUGA